AGUAUUUCUGUCUCCAUAUCACACCCAAUAUCCCGCCGUGAGAACAUGGCCAAAAAAUUGUUCUGACCCCUUCAUCUGAGCAUGUGAAGAUUUGAGGACAAGGUUCAGGCUUUGAUCGUUUUGUAAGGUUGGUGUUAAGAUUAUGGCUAUUCAAGCACAGUUGUACCCAAAUAACCUUGUCUCUUCAUUUUGCAACAAUGGUUAUUAUGUUGGGCCUGUUGAUUCCCAAUUCAAUUCACAACAGAAACAUCAUUUGAGUGAGUUUUAUAAUAGGAGAGAUGGACCUGUUGAUCCAAAUCUUCAUGUUUCUGAUUCAAAAGCCUUGAAUUCUCCAAUCAUUGCUAUUCAGCUAGAGAAACAAUGGGAGGAGACUGAUCAAUACAUCAGAUUUCAGAAUGAGAAACUCAGAUAUGAGUUACAAGAGCAAGGAAAGCAACAUGUGGCAUCAUUACUUAAAAAAUUAGAAUCUCGUUCACUUCACAUCCUGAGAGAAAAAGAUGAAGAAAUUGCAAAAGCUGCAAGGAAACGUUUGGAGUUAGAAGAGUAUUUAAGAAAUCUUGAGGCUGAAAAUAGAAAGUGGCAAAGAGUGGCUCAAGAGAAGGAAACCAUGGCAUUAGCACUGUAUAAAACAUUGGAAGACAUGAGAGAAGGUGGGUAUUGUUCUAACAAUGGGGUGGUGGCAAAUGAUGCGGAAUCUUUCUGUGAUGAAACAGGAGGAAGCCAUGGGAUUGAAGAAAAAAACAAAGGUGGGGUUAACAAGUUUGAACAGAUUACGAGGGGAGUUAUGUUAUGUAAAAGCUGUCAUUCUCGAGAAUCGUGUUAUCUGUUCCUCCCAUGCAGGCACCUUGCUUCGUGCAAAGUUUGCAAUGCUUUCCUCGAGGCUUGUCCAGUUUGCAGAACGCCAAAGAAAGCUAGCGUAGAGACUUUGAUUUUCUAGACAGAUAUGCGGAUAGGCUUUGAUUUUCUAGACUGAGAUAUUCCCGCAAAAGUAAAUAGCAUAAAUAGGUUGCUUAGCUGUGUUUUUGGAUCUGCUAAGAUAUAGCAGUCAGAUGAAUGAG